AUGAUGGAAGUGGAAGUGCCAGGUUGGGUUUGGUUGGGUUUGGGUUUGGGUUUGGGUUUGGGUUUGGGUUUGGGUUUGGGUUUGGGUUUGGGUUUGGGUUUGGGUUUGGGUUUGGGUUUGGGUUUGGGUUUGGGUUUGGGUUUGGGUUUGGGUUUGGGUUUGGGUUUGGGUUUGGGUUUGGGUUUGGGUUUGGGUUUGGGUUUGGGUUUGGGUUUGGGUUUGGGUUUGGGUUUGGGUUUGGGUUUGGGUUUGGGUUUGGGUUUGGGUUUGGGUUUGGGUUUGGGUUUGGGUUUGGGUUUGGGUUUGGGUUUGGGUUUGGGUUUGGGUUUGGGUUUGGGUUUGGGUUUGGGUUUGGGUUUGGGUUUGGGUUUGGGUUUGGGUUUGGGUUUGGGUUUGGGUUUGGGUUUGGGUUUGGGUUUGGGUUUGGGUUUGGGUUUGGGUUUGGGUUUGGGUUUGGGUUUGGGUUUGGGUUUGGGUUUGGGUUUGGGUUCCGGGUUUGGGUUUGGGUUUGGAUAUUUAAAGGUCAGGUCAGUACUAACUUUUGAAUUAUGGACUUUGAGAAUUCAAAUGUUUGGGACGUGA